GAUCCAGAGGACACAUCAGAGGAGCUGACAGCUGUGGUGUGUCUAGAGUCAGACCUGCAGGAUGGACAGAUGAUGGAGGUGGAAGUGGGACAUCACAGCGUGUUGUUGACGCGCUGCGAGGGCAGGUACAGCGCCAUCGGUAACCAGUGUACACACUACGGCGCUCCGCUCAGCAAAGGGGUUAUCUCAGGCCACAGAGUACGCUGCCCGUGGCAUGGCUCCUGUUUUAACGUCCAUACAGGAGAUUUGGAGGAGUGUCCUGGCAUGGACUGUUUACCCUGCCACAAGGUCAAAAUUCAAAACAACAAAGUGUAUGUGUCAGUAAACAAGAAGACUCUCCGACAGGAAAAACGAUUAAAGAGUAUGGGAGCUGCAGUACCAGGAGUUACUCACACUGUUCUGCUGCUGGGAGGAGGCGCUGCGUCUCUGAUCUGCGCUGAGACUCUACGGCAGGAAUACUUUGGCGGCAGAAUAAUCAUGGUCACCAAAGACGACCUUUUACCUUACGACAAAACCAGACUCAGCAAGGUGAUGAAUGUGGAGAGUGACAGUAUUCUGCUGAGGAGGAUGGAGUUUUUCCAUCAGUACGACAUUGAGGUGUGGCUCAGGAAAGAAGCGCUGUCAGUGGACACAGACAAGAAGAAGGUCACAUUUGACGAUGGUUCAGUCCAGAGCUACGACCAGCUCUUCAUCUCAACAGGCUGCAGAGCAAAGGGUCUGAAUGUGCCCGGCAUCAAGCUGGAGAAUGUCAAGAUGCUGGAGACGCCAGAGGACGCCCGACAAAUCCACACAGUCUGUCUGGGCUGCAACGUGGUCCUCGUGGGAACCUCGUUUGUCGGUAUGGAGGUUGCAUCUUAUCUAAUUGACAAAGCCUCCAGUGUCACAGUGAUCGGCAGCAGCGAGCUGCCGUACCAGAACACACUGGGUCCGGAAAUCGGCAAAGUCACCAUGAUGAUGCUGUCGGAGCAGAAUGUGAAAUUCUACAUGAACGAUAGUGUGACUGAGGUCCGAGGUGUCGACGGCAAGGUGAAGGAGGUCGUGCUUAAAAGUGGAAAAGUUAUUGCGGCCGAUGUUCUGAUCGUUGGCAUCGGCGUUGUCCCAAACUCGGAGCUCCUGAGAGGCAGUCACGUCCAGAUGGAUGAAAAACAUUUUGUACCAGUUGACAAAUACACACGCACCAACGUCCCUGACGUGUUCUGUGGGGGCGACAUCGCCACCUUCCCCCUGGCGAUGGCCAAAAACAAAAUGGUCAACAUCGGACACUGGCAGAUGGCACAAGCACACGGAAGAAUAGCAGCUCUGAACAUGAUGAAUAAACCGACUGAACUCAACACAGUUCCUUUCUACUGGACCGUCCUACUGGGUAAAACAAUCCGAUAUGCAGGUUAUGGGGAGGGAUACACUGAGCUUGUGGUGAAAGGGAAGUUUGAGGACAUGAAGUUCCUGGCAUUGUACAUCAAGAACGAUGAAGUUAUCGCCGUAGCGAGUCUCAACUAUGACCCAGCAGCGUCUGCGGUGGCUGAGAGGUUCAUAUCCGGAAAAGUCAUCACGAAGAAAGAGGCUCAGUCAGAUGACCUGAGCUGGCUGCAGCUGUCCUGA